GCGGCGCGGCGGAGGAGAGAAAAGGGCACAGGAACAGACCGGGUGUUCAGCCGCUCGCUGUUUGGCGCCAACCGCACGUAAAGGGAAAUAAAACAGUCAAAUCCUCUUUUAAUUCCUCCCGGUAGAUUCGUCCUCGGCCGCCGCUGCCGCCUCCAGCCGCCGCUCGGCGCGUUAGCCCGCUAGCAUCGGCCGCGCACACCACCUCCCGUUGUCAUAUUAAUGUGACUGUGGCCCCCUCGUCUCUGUGGCCACGAUACUAAUAACCCAGCAGCGGCGGAGCGCGGGGACAAUAGAGGCGUGUUUCUCCUGGGGGAGCCGAGCAGACAGCGCCAAAAAUGGGGAGGAAGUCAAACAGAGCAAAGGAGAAGAAGGCCCGGCGUCAGGAGGAGAGGGCGGCUAUGGACGCCGUCUGUGCUAAGGUGGAAGCUGCCAAUAAGCUGGAUGAUCCACUGGCUGCCUUCCCAGCUUUCAAAAAAUACGACAGAAACGGGCUGAACCUGCAGAUAGAGUGUAAGCGGGUGACCACCCUCAAUCCCCUGUCCGUGGAGUGGGCCUUCGAACUCACCAGGGCCAACAUGCAGACACUGUACGAGCAGAGCGAGUGGGGAUGGAAGGAGAGGGAAAAGAGGGAUGAGAUGAACGACGAGAGGGCGUGGUACCUGCUGGCCCGUGACGGGGACUCCGCCCCUGUGGCCUUCUCUCACUUCCGAUUCGAUGUGGAGUGCGGGGAGGAGGUUUUAUAUUGCUAUGAGGUGCAGUUAGAGAGCAGAGUGCGGAGGAAAGGACUCGGCAAGUUCCUCAUCCAGAUUCUACAGCUCAUCGCUAACAGUACACAGAUGAAGAAAGUGAUGUUGACAGUUUUCAAACACAACCACGGGGCUUACCAGUUCUUCAGAGAUGCUUUACAGUUUGAGAUGGACGAAACUUCGCCGAGCAUGUCCGGUUGCUGCGGCGACGACUGCACCUACGAGAUCCUGAGCCGGCGGACCAAACACGGCGAGGCACCGGCGGGACACACCCACGGGGGGGGCCACUGUGGUGGCUGCUGCCACUGAUUCGACUCCAGUUACACCUUUUCUGAUUGGUUUAAAAAGCCAGCAACUGUCAUGGCUGUGUGUGAAAGCUUGAGCUGCCUGCUAUUCUGCAAACAUUGAGUUUGAACGGUCGUCUCUACAACCGUUUAAAAUGAACAGAUGGUGGAAUACCUGGCUACAGAUGUUGAUGUCGCAUUGAGAUUCGCGUGUCUCUUUGUUUCCCGCUACAAAGGCAGAAUGCAGUGUGAGCUUUCACACAUAGCUCCUGUUUGUUGUUUCCUACUUCUUGGUUCAAUGUCCAAGUCAUCUUUUCACAUUCCCUUCUCCCACUUAAUGAUUAUCAGUAGUUCCCAGUCAAGAAAACGGCCUUUUGCUGACAUUAUUUUACCAGCCACACUCAACCUCAUGCCAUCUUUCUCUCAUCUCCUAAGCUGUUUUCAGACAUGACCUGAGGUUAAAAUCCAGGGAAUUGGCUACAAAGUUAACCCAGAGUCCGCCUUUCACACAUGUACAUCACAGCUAGUUGUUCUCUGCACAGACGCGUAUAGGACACCACGUUUUCACCGUGAUAUGUUUUCUUUGUCUAUUUAAUUUUUGCGUCUGUCGCGUGUUACAAGCGUCAUAAACUAACUCACAGGGAAUCCAGCGAGAGUUCCCCUGCUGUGUUCUUACAGCCUCUUCUCCAGGAUUUUAACUAACGGUAUACUAGGAGGCCAGGCAGAUAAAGUCUGCAGAAAGUGCAGAGCGUCUCACUCGGUCAUUUAAGUUCACAUUUUCACCUCCUCUGUACAACCUACGGAGGAACUGCAGGGUGCAGUGCAUGUCUGCAAGGAACUCAAAUGUACUAUACUGUAUCAAAUCCUUCUGCAGUGCUGCUUUAUCUAAAGUGGCACAUUUAAGUAAGUUGAUCAUGUUUCAAUUUGAAUGACCAUGAAUACUCAGCAAGUUAAAAUCUGGCUUUUUUUUUUUAUUUCCUUGGGAUCUCAUACAAAGGCUCAGCACUUGUUUCCCACAGGAUUAUUUUGAGUGUACUGGGCAAAUAUCCCGUAAUGAGGCCCUUGAAAACAGUCUCAGAAGCCUCAGUUACAUUCUAACCCAAAUUAUGUUAAUGUGGUUUGUUACAUUUUAUUUUAGCUAAAGCACAUUUGCCCACAAUGCUACUAUUACAUGGUUACACUACCCAAACUGCACGAGCCAGCUUCUCUCUUUGGGUGAUAACUAAAUGUAUAGACGUCUCCAGCUUUAAUUUUUUUUUAACUUAUGAGGCAAGAUGUUCAAGAUUGUCACGACUUCUUCUCCAAAUGACUUCAAUUUUCCAUAAUUUGUUGCGGUAAAUUUGCAUUGAACCCACAAGGUAAAUAAUGCGUUAACCUCUCAUAUUUCAUAAUCAGGGCACAUGAGUUGAAACGUUUACUUUUUCACUGCCAUCUCUUCCUGGGAGAUUCAGUUCCUGUUGCCACAUUUUCCCAUUCUUCAGUUCCUUUUAAAGAACAAUACCAUCCUCUCUACUUCCUCAUUCAUUGUGCCUCUCUAUUCUCCCUCCCAUGUCCUAAAGGUGCUAAAGGAUGACGGCAGACGUGUUACGUUUGCUCUCAUCUUGAGUCACCUUUUGUUCAGUUGCAUUUCUCCUGUUUGCCUCUUAGUUCGCUUUGUUUCCAAGAGGUACUAAUGAUACAAGUUGAUGCUACUUUUAGCUGUAUUUAAAAAGGAAAAAAUACUACAAAAACCAUCUUCCAUCCCUUAUAUAUUUUGUUAGCAUGAGCGAAUCAUAUUGCUUUGACAUGGAUGAGAAUCGCUAGACGUCACCACUUCAUUAAAUGUGGAAGGGGAUGAAUGCUGUUUCCUUGAAGGAGCACAGGUGGAUGGAUGAGUGGACGGGGGAUAGAAGUUAUCGCGGAGCUCUGAAACCGUUCUUAUGGUCCUUAUUAUUCUCUUUACCUCAGUCGUGACGUGUUUUCCCAGCCCACUCAUUAGCUUGCAUGACAACAUUUCAUGGAUUACACUCCAGUGAUGCUGCCUCUGAAGGGCAGCUGCACUGUUCACACCUGCACCUAAAGUCCUCAUGUGGUUCUGUUAGGAUUACCUUAAUGUUUCAUACAAAUCUGUGCAUGUAAGACGUAUGUGAAAGGGCUGAUUGUGUGAAAUUGAAAGGUAAUGCUUAGGUUUGAGCAUCUUAGAGUUGAGUUUUACUAUACAGCUGCCAAGAUGCGUGUUCCACUGAGGAUUUUAGAUUCACUAGUCAACCUAGAAAGGCUGCUGUAACCACUUCCACCUUGUCGAUUCCAUAUCUGUUUACAGAACCUUCAGGGUAUUUUUGGACAGUUUCAAGCGCCUGUCAGCUGGGUUAAAGGCACCGAUUUGAAAAAGAAAUCCAUUAAUUCCGGGACUGUAGUCGGUUUGUGAGGACUUUGUGUAUGGGCUGGAAGAGUGAAAAGAUGCUUCUUUACACUACUGUGGAUGCAAAUAUUCCGCUGUCUGAUGUGGCUGAGAGAGUCUUAACCAGGUACGGUUUGAAAGGUUUUAGAACUGGUCCAAUCAUUGACUACUCAAGAUUUCAUACAGAUUAUUGCCUGGUUAGUAUUUUGAAAAGGAAACUAAAAUAAUACGUUACGCGUCAACAAAAAUGUUAUUACGACAAAAACCCUUGUGAAUGAUCAAGUCUGGAACAUGAGGUGAACGUUUUUUGCUUGUUUCCAAACCUAAUGGAGACCAUAAAACAUUCAUAUAAAAAAUAUUCUACACCUCUAGACAACAUGAUGGUGUUUCCUGCUUGUUUGAACUCUGAUCAUGAGCAAAAAAAAACAAACAAUAUAUUGACUGUUUUUGUUUUAGACUGCCUUCUGAAAAGUACAGUAAUUCAUUUUUUUUGUACCGCAUAGGUUACAGUAAAAAAAACAAAAGUUAUUGUACAUAGUGGUAGUUUAUAACCGACUGACAGUCUCUCUCAGGUUAAUCAAACGUAAUCAAACCUCAUCUGUUUCACUUAAACAGCCAUGUUGUCAGUUUGGUGUUUACUGGAUUGAAUUGGCCGCAGCUCGGACCUAGAGUAAAUUUAUUUGUGUCAUACCAAAUUUAAAUGAAUUUCUGAUUUGUCAAACUGUAUCAAACUUUACCAAGAAAAGAACACUACUUUUCAGGAGUUGAUUUUAGUUCUUGCGUGACUUUGUGAUUCAGUAAAAGAAAAAGUCUCUUCACCUUGGAGAUGUGAAAUGGCUUUAAGGAAAUAUGACACAAAUUUUGACUGAACCUGGAUCCGCGCUCAGUGGUUUCAUUCAUCCAGAUAAGUGAGCUGUGUUAAAAAAGAAAAAAUUGGCUCGCCUGAACCAGAAAUUCAUUUGUGAAAAUAUGCUAACUUGAUAAAUGAGCCUAAACUUUGCGAGAUUAUUUCAAAGUCACUGAGAAGUUUUAUUUUGGAAAUGGUUACAUAUACAUACCCUCACAAAAUUAGAGAUCUAUCUACUGGUCUUUUCUCUGUGUAUAUAUAUACAUAUAUAUAAGCUGUUGUGAAUCCAUAUUCAUUUUCAUUUCUUGGCCUUUUACAAGUAAAACACUUUUUUAAACAUGUUUAAAAAUACAAAAAAACCUUCCAUUAUUGAGAGUGAGUGUUUAAAUAGUCUUGUCCAUAAACGAUAAUGAAAGGGAAAAGUAAGUCAUUCUGCCUUGUCAGUGUUUUAUUUGUAUGUUACAAAUAAAGGAAAGUUGUUUGACUUUUGAAGA